AACUUUUGGAAAAGUGCUGUUGCUGCUAGUUUUGUACAAUAUUCUUCUCUUUCGACAGAAUUAUCUAUAUUGAACUGUUAUUAGAGAAGCAAUCCUGUUCCUCAGCGUCAAGAAAUAUUCAAAGAAGCUACUACGAUAAACCGAUUUUUCAUAUUUUUGUUUUGAGUGUGUACUUAAGUAAGUCUACGUCUAGUUUUGGAAUAGAGCUAAUAAAGAACCCAAGGCUUCUUCGAGUCAAACAGAUUUUGCACUGAAUUUGUGUCUACGUGAUUGGUACUUCUACCCAGCAGAAUCUUCAGAGAGCAACUACAAUUAUGACGCGUAGAGACCGCACAGUGCCCGCACCGUACCGUCACCAGGAGGGACGCAACGGGUAUGCGGCUGCGGCGGGUGAGCACGAGAGAGCCUUGACAGGGCAGCACGAAUUUCACCCCGAACAUAGAAGCUCCACGGAAGCCAAUGAUAGAAAUUGCUGCUCCAAAAAUAAACCGCUUAUCAUCACCCUGAUCGUGAUUGCCGCAGUCCUCGUUAUUGGUGCUGUUGUCGCGGUUGUGGUUGUUGUGGCGAACAACAACAAAAACUCGCCCGGCAAUGAGACUCACAACCCGGCACCAGCUCACGACCCUCCCGCGAUGCAGAACCGGGAGGACCUUGGGUCGUUGAAUGCGUUUCUCCAGGAAGAGAGCAAUCGUUUCCACGACCCGGUUGUGUUAUCCGAUGGGCAGACUUACGAAAAUCUGGCUGCCAGUAAGGUUUGCAACGUUUCCGUGCAGAGCCUGUACGAGGAGAAUGGUCAGGACCUCAGCUUGGAAAAGCUGAACCGGCCCUGCAGAAUCGCAGCAGACGAGCGGGGCGGCGAGAGGACUGUACUGCUAUCGGACGAUUGGCCGUUGGCUGAACUACCAGCGAACCUACCUCAGCGAAAAAAUGCAGCGGCGGCUCGAUCUUCGGCUUCGUUCCUGCAACUGCAGCAAGCGCAGGCGGAGCAACAGAGAAGCGACGAUGGUCGCGACGAAGUAGAGCCGGGUGACAACCAAGAAAAAAUGGUGGAGCGCCUUCCGAAGAUGUUUCCCAAUAAGCAACUGCGGGAGUUUUAUACCGUUUGGAACGACGCGGAAAACCAUCCGAGUAGUACCUACUUCAAAAACCCAAACGAAAUUCCGGAGAUGCUCCUGUGCCACACGAAAGACUAUCAGACGGGCGCUGUGGACGAGGAAAGCAAGGGUCUGUGUCACUACCCGGCCACUGAUACAAACGGAAUGACUUGGAACAUUCGGGAAGUGUGGGUUUUGACAGAAGACGAGGUGUUGAAUGGGCAUGCGACUUAUUUCAAGAACGAAAAGUUGCAACGGUUGGCCAAUGCCUACGGGACGUUUCACAGCUUGCCUAUCCCGCAGCAGUUGAAUCCCGGAGAUGACCUCCCGC